AUGGCAGGGGAUUCAGUGGCGUUUAAAGAUUUUCAAGAGUUCAGACUUGAAGCUUUGGCCGAAAACAAGACCAAACCUAUGGCCAUCGAGGCUUAUGGCUUUAUCAACACCUGUCUGCAGUCUCUUGUAAUAGAGAAAUUUGGUGAAGAGAUCUGGGAAAAACUGAAAGCUUCUGCAGAAGUACAAGAUGCCUUCAUGACAUACACAGUGUAUGAUGAUGUCAUUACCAUUAAGCUUAUCCAAGAAGCCUGCCAGGUUUUGGAUGUCUCCAUGGAAGCCGUUCUGAAACUCUUUGGAGGACAUUUCUUUAAGUUCUGUAAGAUGUCUGGCUAUGACAGGAUGCUGCGGACCCUGGGAGGAAAUCUCGAGGAGUUUAUUGAAAACCUGGAUGCCCUCCACAGUUACCUUGCACUGUCUUAUCAGGAGAUGAAUGCACCAUCAUUCCGCGUGGAGAAAGGAGCAGAUGGGAAAAUGCUUCUCCAUUACUACUCUGAUAGAAGUGGUCUGUGUCACAUUGUUCCAGGAAUACUUGAAGCGGUGGCUGAGGACUUUUUUGACAUUGACGUGACCAUGGAUAUCCUUGACAUGAAUAAGGAAGAAGAGAGGACAGGGAAGAGGGAGCAUGUUGUAUUUCUUGUUGUGCAGAAACCCCACAGACAGAUGAGAAGAGCAAAGCCAGAUGGAUCACAAGAAGGCCAGGAGGCCCAUCAAGAUCAAGAGGCCCUCGGGGCAUCUUUUCGUAGCAUGAAGGAGAAAUAUCUGCGUGUCUCUCUUUGCCCUGUGAAGAGAUCCCGCUGGAAUCUCGUGAGAAGCAUAGUCAUGUUUGGAAAAGGGCAUCUCAUGAACACCUUUGAGGCAGCUUAUCCGGAGAGACUCUGGAUUGAGGUGAAAACAUUCUGCAAUGCUUUUCCCUUCCACGUUGUUUUUGAUGAAUCGCUGAGGGUCAAGCAAGCUGGAGUGAAUAUUCAGAAGUUUGUUCCAGGACUUCAAACCCAGAAGAUUCAAUUAGAUGACUAUUUCUCCAUCAUUCAUCCCCAAGUGACCUUCAACAUUUCCAACAUCUGCAAAUUCAUCAACAGUCAAUUUGUCCUGAAAACACGAAGAAAAAUGAUGCCCGAAGCAUGGAAAAUGAAGCCCACACUCAAACUUCGAGGCCAAAUGAUCUGGAUGGAGUCCAUCAGGUGCAUGCUGUACAUGUGUUCUCCAAAGCUGCGCAGCCUGCAGGAGCUGGAGGAGCACAAGAUGCACCUUUCUGACAUCUCACCCCAUGAUACCACCAGGGACCUCAUUCUCCUGAACCAGCAGCGGCUGGCUGAGAUUGAGCUGUCCAAUCAGCUGGAGAGGAAGAAGGAAGAGCUGCGGGUCCUUUCUAAGCACCUGGCCCUAGAGAAGAAGAAAACAGAGACCUUGCUGUAUGCCAUGCUGCCUGAACACGUGGCCAACCAGCUGAAGGAAGGCAAAAAGGUCGCUGCAGGAGAAUUUGAAACCUGCACCAUUCUUUUCAGUGAUGUGGUGACCUUCACUAACAUCUGUGCUGCUUGUGAACCUAUUCACAUAGUGGAUAUGCUGAAUUCCAUGUACUCCAAGUUUGACAGGUUAACCAGUGUCCACGAUGUCUACAAAGUGGAAACCAUCGGAGAUGCAUAUAUGGUGGUCGGCGGUGUGCCAGUGCCUGUUGGCAGCCAUGCUCAAAGAGUGGCUAAUUUUGCAUUGGGAAUGAGAAUUUCUGCAGGAGAAGUGAUGAAUCCUAUUACUGGGAAACCCAUACAGAUCAGGGUGGGGAUUCACACGGGACCUGUGCUAGCAGGUGUUGUGGGAGACAAAAUGCCGAGGUACUGCCUGUUUGGUGAUACUGUGAACACAGCUUCUAGGAUGGAGAGUCAUGGACUUCCCAACCAAGUGCACCUCAGCCCCAGUGCCUUCCGAGCACUGGAAAAUCAAGGAUUUGAAAUCAUCGAAAGGGGAGAAAUUGAGGUGAAGGGUAAAGGAAAAAUGACCACAUACUUUCUAAUCCAGAAUUUGAAGGCCACAGAGGAUGAGAUCAUGGGGAGGCCUAAAAAUCCUCUGGAUCACAAGGGUAAGCAAUAA